AUGUUCGGGAUUGGUACACUUCUUUCCGUCUUGCACACCGACUUCGGCAUCUACUCGGACCACGGUGAUCUCGAGGCAUUGGGUGCUGGCUACUUGAUCCUUGCUAUCGGAAAUUUGUUAUGUCUGAUUUACUUUGCCAUCAAGUACGAGAUGGACCACAUGGCUUGCACGGGUGUGCAGUCGUCUUCGAUGGGCCGUAAUAACUUGAUGUACACAGACAACACAAUGAGCGGCAAGGGUAAUGCCAGUGGUAUGGAUGGAAUUAUUGGUACUUUCUCAGGAAGUGGCUUGCGUAACCGCAACGGUGGCGGCAAUACUUUCAGUGGCCCUGACAAUUCUAAGAUGUCUGAGAACAGGGCCAUGGACACCAUUGGCGACAACAAUAUGUACUCGUCAGAGGCGGGUCUUAGGUCACCAAACCUGGGUACACCAUCCGCACUUGGCGCUGAUCCACUUUCUGGUGGCUACUCGCAGCAACCAGAAGAUGUUUCAAUCAACAUGGCUUCGAACGGUAGCGCUGCCCGUGCUGGCGGCAACCAUGGUGAGCCUGCGGAUGCAUCUGCUGCGACGGCUGCACCAGCGUCGCAGUCGACGACGUUCGCCUCUAUGGUGCCCAACGGUGGGGGUGUCAAUGGAAGCAACCUCGCACCACCGAUCACCACCUCUAACUUCGGCAGUGCCGGCGUUGGUGCAGGUGCUGUUGGUGUGGAUGGCUCGGCACCUGCGUCAUCUGCUCCUCUGGAAACGGGCAUGGGCUCUGUUCAACGAGCCGAGGCUCUAUAUUCAUACAAAGCCAGCGAAGACGACCCAACGGAGAUCUCAUUUACCAAGGGCGAUAUAUUGCAGAUUGUCGACAGUUCAGGCAAAUGGUGGCAAGCCCAGCGCCCGAACGGUGAGCUCGGCAUCGUCCCCAGCAACUACCUUCGUUUGAUUUAA